UCUCAUGAAAACAAAAAUGGUGGCCAACAAUAUUCCCUAUCCCUGCUCUUUAGCACGCCAAAUGUCUGCGAUCUCUUGCUUUCUGUAUAUUAUGAUUUUUUCAUUGUGCAGUAUAUUCAUUUUCAAUGUGAAAAAGAAGAUUUCUGAUAAUUCUGCCGCGCCCAUAUUAUCAACAUUAUAAAUUGGGCAGCGUCUAACCAAAACAGAAGAAGAAGGUGAUUCAAAACUCCAAUAUUUUCCAAAAUAUAAAAUUUCGAUUAUGACUGAUCGAAAUCGAAUAAUGGGGAUGGAUCCUGAGAUGGCAGCUCCAUUGCAUUUGCAACGAUUAGAGCGAAGUGUUAAUGUUCAGCCUUUUUUAUCACAAAUAAAUGAUCUUUUUCGAGAUCGUGUCAGCAAUGAAGACAACGAAUCGUCAGAAUCUUCUGAUGAAUCUGGAACAUAUCUUGAAGAUAUCUUGACACAGAAAGAGGAGGAAAGAAUUAAUAAACUUCGUUUGUAUAAUAUGAGUAAUGUAGGAGACGAACGAAGAUGGUUACAGGAUGUUCUUCUGAGUGAAACAUCCGAUAGUUCAUCAGAGGAAUCAGAUACAGAUGGACCAAUAACGGAAGAUGAUUUUCAAGAUAUGUUAAAAUUUCACAUUCUUAGGAAAAAGUAUCAAGCUCGUUUCUAUCAAAAGCAAGAGAAUAUUCAGUAUCAGUAUUAUGGUGCUGGAUUAUUAUCAAGUUACGAUAGAUUUCCGGAACAUCAAAAACUCAUAGUUGGAAAUAAAAAGAAAAAGGAGAGAAGACCUGAUACUAAAGUUGUUAAGAUUAAAAAGGAAAAGGGAGGAAGGCAAAAAGUUCCCGAUGAUAAGUACAAUUAUCCCGAGGAUGAUUGGGAACGAAGUGGAAUAAAAGAUGAAGAAUUGGAUGAGACUGAUUUGGAAGCUGCUAUGAAAUUUCAGUCACGUGGUCGCGGUAGAAAAAAGCAUAAUAAUAAAAGUCCCGAAGUAAUGGCAAUGAGAAGAAAAAAGAUUUGGAUAAUGAUGUCAAAAAAGGAACUUGGCAAAGUACAAAGAGCAAAAAUUAAUAAUCAUAAGGAGAUGUUAAUUAGUUGUAAAAAAGUAGCUCAACAUUGUAUGAAAUAUUGGAGACAAAAGGCAAUGCAGUCACAGAAAAACAUGAAGGAAACAAUUUGGCGGGCAAAGAGAUUAACAAGAGAGAUGCAAUCUUAUUGGAAACGAUAUGAUCGUGUUGAACGUGAAACAAGAAGAAGAUUAGAAAAAGAAGCUGAGGAGCAACGAAAAAUGGAUGUGGAAAUGAUUGAGGCAAAACGACAACAAAGAAAAUUAAAUUUUCUUAUCACACAAACUGAACUUUAUGCUCAUUUUAUGUCACGAAAAGUGGGUAAAGUUUACACUGAGGAGCAAAUGAGAAUUUUAAAUCAACUCGAUGAAGAAAAGAAUCCCAGAUUAAUUGGAAUCGAUGAUUAUAAUAGCGAAAGUAUGAAACAAAAAGCUAAGAGAAAUGCAACGGAAGCAUUUGAUAGUGAAAGAGCGAGAACAAGACAAUUUGACACAUCAAUAGGUAAUCAAGAAUUACGAUUAAGUGAUACACCUGAAACGCAGGAACAUCCUCAACCUGCGAUUUUCAAAGGGAAUCUUAAGGGUUAUCAAUUAAAAGGCAUGAAUUGGUUAGCAAAUCUUUAUGAUCAGGGUAUCAGUGGAAUUUUAGCUGAUGAAAUGGGUUUAGGAAAAACAGUGCAAUCAAUAGCAUUCUUGUGUCAUGUAGCUGAAAAAUAUUCUGUUUGGGGACCGUUUUUAAUUAUUUCACCAGCGUCAACGCUGCACAAUUGGCAACAAGAAAUGGCAAGAUUUGUCCCUGGAUUUAAAGUUGUUCCCUAUUGGGGAAAUCCACAGGAGAGAAAAAUUCUUCGUCAAUUCUGGGAUACCAAAGAUUUACAUACAAAAGAAGCUUCUUUUCAUGUCGUGAUAACAAGUUAUCAACUUGUAAUUACUGAUUACAAAUAUUUCAACAGAAUCAAAUGGCAGUACAUGAUUCUUGAUGAGGCUCAAGCCAUUAAAAGUACAAGCAGUAUGAGAUGGAAACUGUUGCUGGGCUUCAGUUGUAGGAAUCGACUUCUUCUGAGUGGAACACCUAUUCAAAAUAGUAUGGCAGAACUUUGGGCUUUGCUUCAUUUUAUUAUGCCAACAUUAUUCGAUUCCCAUGAUGAAUUCAAUGAAUGGUUUUCCAAAGAUAUUGAAAGUCACGCUGAAAAUAAAACAGGAAUCGAUGAAAAGCAUUUAUCGCGAUUGCACAUGAUCUUGAAACCCUUCAUGCUGAGAAGAAUAAAGAAAGACGUGGAGAAUGAACUUUCUGACAAGAUUGAAGUCAUGGUCUAUUGUCCUUUAACAACACGACAAAAACUUCUUUACUCCGCUCUAAAGAAAAAAAUAAGAAUAGAGGAUCUACUUCAUUACACGGUUGGUGGAGGAGAUUCGAUGCCAACUGAUAAAAAUUUCACAUCCAAUUUGAUGAAUUUAGUUAUGCAAUUUCGAAAGGUUUGCAAUCAUCCGGAACUUUUUGAAAGACGUGAUGCACGAUCACCAUUGUUUAUGAAAACAGAAUCAUAUGAAAUGCCAGUUCUUUUGUAUAUAAACGGAAUUUUGAAGGAGUCGUUGCCAUCUAAAAAUCAUUUGUUGUACAAUAAAUUUUUUAUUUUCGCAACAGAAUACAUUCAUAGAUCUCUAUUUUGCGAGGAGAAUGAAAAUUCGUGUUUUUCAUUCUCUCGAUUGAUUGAUAUCUCACCAAUGGAUUUGAAUAAAAUGUUCAUUAUCGGCAUUUUCUUCAGGCUCUGUAGAGCAGCACUUUUGGAGAAAAAAAUGAGAUUAAAAAGACAUUGGGAGGAUUGGAGGAUCGACGAAAGCGAUUCGGAACCUUUAAAUAUAAUUGGCAUUUUAAAGCGAAAAAUUGAAACAACAACACCAGUGACGAAAGAUUUAAUUUUUACAAGAAAAAUUAUUGCCGGUGAAGCUUUCUACACUAAUACCACACAUUCAAUUCACUCAAUGCCCGAAACUGUUUCUCAUCGAAUUUUAAGGAGCAGUAAAGCAUCCAAGGAUCCAUUAAAGUUGCAGAGGGCAAUUGUCGCCGUGAAAACGGAACUAGGAGAAGAAUCAAAAUUGACUUUAUUGCCGGAACAUCCUCAUACUCCUCGUGUUCCUAUUUUGCGAUAUUGUCAACAAACUUAUCUACCAUCUUUCCUUUGUGACACUAAUCCAAAAGUUCAUGCUAGUCCGAGAAAACUUUAUGUGAGUAAUAGUAAUGCGUCUUGUGCGUGGAGAAGACAUGAGGAAUGUGGUGGACUUCUUGGACAACGAAUAUUAUGGAUGGGAUGUGAAAAAGCCUUCAAUUUAUCACCUUAUGAAGAAAAACUUGCACCAAGAAUGAUAUCUACGUCAUCGACGUUUUCUUAUCAACAAAUUGGUGGUCUUGCCGUUUGUACACCUGUCAAUGGAUGGUCUAAUAUCAUUGUUCCAGAUAAGCAAACAUUGGUAACUGAUGCUGGCAAACUUUCUGUACUUGACAGCCUUUUAAAAAGACUUAAAGAACAAGGUCAUCGAGUUCUUAUUUAUUCUCAAAUGACAAAAAUGAUUGACUUAUUAGAGGAAUACAUGUAUCACAGAAAACACACAUUUAUGAGAUUAGACGGUUCUUCGAAAAUAUCUGAUCGUCGGGAUAUGGUGGCAGAUUUUCAAAAAAGAGCGGACAUAUUUGUCUUUCUACUAAGUACGAGAGCUGGAGGCCUGGGAAUUAACCUGACGGCCGCAGACACGGUGAUUUUCUACGACAGCGAUUGGAAUCCAACAGUAGAUCAGCAAGCAAUGGAUCGAGCUCAUAGAUUGGGUCAAACCAAACAGGUCACUGUUUAUCGAUUAAUUUGCAAAGGCACCAUAGAAGAAAGAAUUCUUCAAAGGGCUCGAGAAAAGAGUGAGAUUCAACGAAUGGUAAUUAGUGGAGGUAAUUUUAAGCCAGACACCUUGAAGCCGAAAGAAGUUGUUUCACUUCUACUCGACGAUGAAGAAAUUGAAGCUAAAUACAGUCAACGAAGCGAGGAGAGAAAGCAGAACACGGAGGAGACUCGCCUUGAGUUAAGUCUACACCACAAGGAGAGGGACCGGAAGAGGAAGCAAACCGCGCUUCCGGUCAAGAAUGAAGCGAAAAAGCCGUGUUUAGAAGAAAAUGAUAUUUUUAACACAAAUGAAUUAACGCAACCUGUUCAGAAAUUGGGAUCGAAUCCAAAUAAAAUACAACGUUGUCCACAACAAAAUAAUCAUCAAAAUCUUCAAAUCUCUGAUUUUACGAAUGACAUUGGAAAUCCUGGGAGUCCUGAAAAAUCUGAGGAUGAAACGAGUAAUGAAGGCCUGGUGGUCGACGUGGAUGGUCCAGUGUCGGCGGCUGACUUUAGAAAUUCUCAUUUACCAUCUUCGCAAUUUGGCGAAGUACCAAAAGUCGCUCGACUGGGUCAUCAUUUCACCUUUAGCUCAGGCUCUGGAAUAAGGAUGCGACCAAAUGUUCGUGGCACAAGUAAACGUGGGAGACCACGAGGAUCCCGUAGAGGUGGCCCCAUAGGAGGCAAAGGCAGAGGGAUGCUAUUGCUCCAUCCACCAUCUAUUAAGAAUUCCGUUUCCACUGGUCACCUGUCGCCUUCAUCCUCUCCCUCGCACUCUUCUACAAUCGCCAACGAUUUGAACCCGCAGUAUGUUGGUGGUGGACGAAAUUCAAGUUCAACGGAAGGUGAGGGUUCAAGUGGACUUGCUCAUUUAGGACCAUUGGGCUCACAAUUAGGACCAACGCCGAGUCGAAAUAGUGGAACAAUAAGACGUGGACCUGGUCGACCACGUUUACGACCCAAUGGUCCUGGACAUCAAGGACAUCGUGGUCCAAGUCAUUCGCAUACGAAAAAAAUUCAAAAACCACUACCAGUUCCAAUACGAUCUCAUAAUCAUCAUCAAAAUCAGAAUCAUCAUCAUCAUCUUGCCAAUAUUCAACCAAAACCGUCCAUUUCUUCAUCAUCAUCGUCACCAAUAACAACGGCAGUGGCUGCCACCGCUGCAUCGUCGUCCUCUUCAUCGUCGUCGUCUUCGCAAAAUUCCACAAUGAUUGGUGAAUCUCGUCCCUUUGGCUUUUACACUCAACAAACGCCACCUCGAGGAUCGUAGGGCUUGUUGUUCUAAAAAUAAUUUCCCACGAUUGGAAUCACCUCUAGUGUGAACUUUUGUGUCAAGGAGGAUUUUUUUUUUUUUUUUUUUUUUUUGUAUUUCACUGGAAACAAAAGCUAGACGGAAAACCGUGUUUUAUAUAUAGUAUAUUAUAAAUAAGUCGAACGCUCUCGCGGAUAUUUAAGCAAUUUAUUUAGAGAAAGAAUAAAUUUUCAAAAAAAGCUUUUUUCAAAAAAAAAAGAAAAUUCUUUUUUUGAAAAUACUUUUAGCUUUAAUAGAUAAAAAGCAAAUUGAAGAAUUUUCAAAUUUAUUAUUUGAAUAUUUUUUUAUUAUAGAAAAAUAUUUUUUUUUUUUUUUUUUUUUUUUUUAGUAAUAGAAUCGAGUGCGUGACGUUUGAUAAUGACACGAAAUGAGAGGAAUCAAGAAAAAGAGGGAUCCUUGUACUAUAGUACCUUCAAAUGUAAUUUGAUCUGUUAGUGAAAAAAAAAUUGUCUUUUUUUUUCUUCGCCAUGCGACAAAAAUCAUUUUUCUGAAUGAGAUAAUCGAUUAUAUAUAUAUAUAUGGAGCGAGUUGAGAACUGGUUCGCACGAGAACUUGUACGUUGAGAAAUAUUAUUUUCUCUCAAUAUUUUUUUCGAUUACUAAAAAUAGAGUUAUUUCGAGAGAAGAAAAAAGAAGAAAAAGCGAUUAGAUUGUUCUAAUUUUUUUUUUUUUUUUUAACUUUGCACGUUGUACAAGAUAAUUACGCUAAUUCAAUUUAACAAGAGAGGAUAUUUAUUGGUGAUAAACCUUAUAAUAGAUAAUCUAGACCCCUCGCGCACAUAGAUACAAAUUUUUAAUUUACGUUAGUAUUUUGAAAUUAAUCUCUAAUGCAAUACUUGUUCUCGAAUAAUAAUAAUAAUAAUAAUAAUAAUUAUAAUAAUCAUCAUAAUUAUAAUUAAGUGUCCGAUUUGUAUAGGAAUAUCAAUUUUAUUUAAAUUCAACUUCUCCGAUGAAGCUUUAUUUAAUUUACACAUUUCAAUUGUAUAAUUUAUUUCUUAUAAAUAUUUUCUGUAAAUAAAUCGCUGUGAAGUCAAAACAAA